GGGCGGGGCCUGGCGAGGCCGUUGAGUUCCCCGACCGCUGCCGGGAGAGGGGGGACCGCAGAGUCGCCGAGCCCAGCGCUGCGCAGUCGGCGGCUGACUGGGGCGCGAGCGGGUUCUCCGGGCUUGCAGCGGGGCAGGAGAAAACAGAGCCAGCAGGACCAUCCUCUGAGAAGCUGCUCCGGAAAACACUGCUCUGCGCCAAGUCUGCCAGUGGACAGGGAGCUCCAGGACCAGCAGCAUGGGGGCAGCCUGUGUCAAAGUCACCAAAUACUUCCUCUUCCUGUUCAACUUGCUCUUCUUUAUCCUGGGCGCCGUGAUCCUGGGCUUCGGGGUUUGGAUCCUGGCCGACAGGAGCAGCUUCAUCUCUGUCCUGCAGACGUCCUCCAGCUCGCUCAAGAUGGGAGCCUACAUCUUCAUCGGCGUGGGGGCGGUCACCAUGUUCAUGGGCUUCCUGGGCUGCCUUGGCGCCAUCAACGAGGUCCGCUGCCUGCUGGGGCUGUACUUCGCCUUCCUCCUCCUGAUCCUCAUCGCCCAGGUGACUGCGGGGGUCCUCUUCUACUUCAACGUGGGCAAGCUGAAGCAGGAGAUGGGUGGCAUCGUGACCGAGAUCAUCCGGAACUACAACGCCAGCGGCGAGGACAGCCUGCAGGAGGCCUGGGACUACGUGCAGGCUCAGGUGCGGUGCUGCGGCUGGGUCAGUUUCUACAACUGGACAGACAACGCCGAGCUCAUGAAUCACACCGAAGUCACCUACCCCUGCUCCUGCGAGGACAAGGGGGGCGAGGACGACGGGCUGCCGGUGGGACAGGGCUUCUGCCAGGCCGACGGCAACAGCACCCAGAGCGGCAACAGCCCGGAGGACUGGCCCGUGUACCAGGCGGGGGCGGCGGGGCUCUGGGGCGCCGGGCGGGUGGGCGGCCGGGUCGCCGGGCUGAUUCUCCGCCUCUCGCGACAGCUCCUGGGGAUGCUGCUGUCCGUGUGCCUGUGCCGGCACAUCCACUCCGAGGACUACAGCAAGGUCCCCAAGUACUGAGGCGGCUGGGUCACCACCUCCAGGCUGGGACGGCGCCUUCAGGACUCCCCGGGGCUCUCCCCGGCCCCCUCCCCCAAGCCCCCUCCCCCCUCACUGCUAAGGCCUCUCCUGCCCUGGCUGGAGGUUGGGGACUGCCUGGGACCUGGUCCUCUCCCUCCGCCUCUCUGCUGCUGGCUGUGGCUCCGGCUGUCCUGUGGUCCCUCUUCUCACUGCCUGCCAGGGUCCUCUUGGCCGUUCAGCAGAGAGGCCCCCUGCAGCGCCCCUGUGCAGGUGGCCUGGAUGUCCACCUGCUCCCGGGAGGUGGCUGUCACCCAGGGAAAGGGUGGGGGAGGGUGGGGAAGCCCCCACCCCACCCCACCCGGGGGUCAGGGGACUGCCCACUGGCCAAGUGGUCCUGGCUCCCACUCCGACACUUGUACCUUUGGUUUUUCACUUUGUUAUUGAAGGGAGGGGCGGGGGUGGGCUUAACCUGAGAUCCAGUGGCAGAUCCCCUUCCCCAGGCCACACUGUGCGGGCCGGGCCCCAAGGGACCUGGCCUGGGCAGCUUCUGCACACGGUGCGCCCUCAGGGGGCGUGGCCCAGAGCUGCCCAGGGCAAGAGGGAAGUCUGCCUUCUCCCGGUUGGUUUGGUGAGCUGUCCUCUGCCCCACCCCUACCCCCGCCCCAGGAGGGGCCGUGGGGGCGGGGCCGUGAGUGCGGGGCCGUGAGUGCACAGUUCUGUUAACCGUCCUCAAGUCUUGCAGACUGACUAUUAAAGCGGAUUUGUAACAA